UGAGAAGGUAUCAGUGUUUAGUUUGUGCAGUCGAACCUGGAGCAGUGACAGAUGAAUUGUCGAAAAUAGAGGAAAAGGGAACGCGGGCGACUCUCCCGUGCACACAAAAAACAUGUUUCCUAAAGGCAAAAGCUCCGUCGUGCCAUCGGAUGGUCAAGCUCGGGAAAAGUUAGCUUUGUAUGUUUAUGAGUAUUUGUUACACAUUGGUGCUCAGAAGUCUGCGCAGACUUUCCUGUCAGAAAUCCGAUGGGAAAAGAACAUCACGCUAGGAGACCCUCCUGGAUUCCUGCAUUCCUGGUGGUGUGUCUUUUGGGACCUGUACUGUGCUGCUCCUGAGAGGAGAGACACGUGUGAACAUUCAAGUGAGGCGAAGGCAUUCCAUGACUAUAGUGCCGCAGCAGCCCCCAGUCCUGUUCUUGGAAACAUGCCACCAGGAGACGGCAUGCCAGGUGGACCCAUGCCCCCUGGAUUCUUCCAGGGCCCUCCCGGCUCCCAGGCUUCCCCUCACGCUCCUCCUCCCCCUAACAGCAUGAUGGGACCCCACGGCCAGCCUUUUAUGUCACCUCGCUUUGGUGGGGGACCAAGACCACCCAUCAGAAUGGGCAACCAGCCUCCAGGUGGAGUUCCAGCCGCCCAGCCAAUGCUCCCAAACAUGGAUCCUAGACUACAGGGGCCGAUGCAGAGGAUGAAUGUUUCUAGAGGAAUGGGUCCUAUGGGCCCUGGUCCCCAGAAUUUUGGAGGAGGGAUGAGACCACCACACAACUCUAUGGGCAUGCCAGGAGUGAACAUGGGGCCUGGAAAUGGCAGACCACCAUGGCCAAAUCCAAACGGCAACAAUAUGCCAUAUUCAUCACCAUCUCCUGGUGCAUAUGGGGGUCCACAAGGAGGGGGGCCACCAGGAACUCCUGGAAUUGUCCCUAGUCCAGCAGACUCUAACAACUCCAGUGAAAACCUGUACACCAUGAUAAAUUCUGGAGGAGGUCGCAACAGUUUUCCCAUUGGCCCAGGCUCUGAGGGCCCUCUAGGGGCGAUGGCAGGAAUGGACCCAAUGCAUAUGAAUGGAGGUUCAGGAGACUUGGAUGGACUUCCAAAGAAUUCUCCCAACAACAUGGGUGGCAUGAGCAAUCCGCCCGGGACCCCUAGAGAUGAAGACGUAGGAGGCAGCUACCUUCACUCUUUCCAGAAUGAGAAUCAGUACUCUCCCUCCAUGACCAUGAGCGUCUGAUGCCAGUCUGUUUGCUCAGUCUUGGAAACUCCGAUCGGCAUCUAUGACACAGAGUACAUGUACAGGAAAUGGAAUUGGGUGGGACUGCCCUGGAUCCUCAAGUGGUCUCAUGCAAUAUUAAAAUGAUUUUCAUUGUUCCUUUUUUUUUUUUUUUUUUUUUUUUAAAUGGCUAGCAAACUUUUUCUCCUCUCAGAUCAGAAGAUCUUAAUGUGACUCGAUGCUCCUGGAAUUGUUCCCCCUCCCUCCCCCCUCUGAGGCCAAUCUCUCAUUAAGAAGCAAAGUGGUUACUGCUGACAUAAUAUCUGGAUGUGUGUACAUUUUUGUGCCGAAGAGGAAUAUCUCAGUUCACUCUCGAAUCCGACAUCCACGUCCAACUUCAGCAUGGUUUACACGUACGAAACUUCCUCUGAUGUUUUGACACUGAACUCUCAUAUGUGGCCUUGAAUUCUGUUAAUAUUUUAAUGCCUUUUGAUGACCAGUUUUUAUUUUUCUUCAGUGAAAUGCGUCAAGUGGUGAGAGAGUUCAGUCUUUUCUGAAUGGGAAAGACUCACAGUUGUAUUUUACUUGUACACUGUCAUUUUUGUCUUUUAAGCAUUAUAAGCAGCUGCUUUUAACAAAUAACUGCAUUGACGGGUCCCGUCCUGAAGAUUUUUCUCUGCACUGAUUUAUUGUUCACUUUUAUUUUUCUGAAAUUGUGACUGCUGUCUCAGUCUUUGGUCAAAGACUGAUACAUUGAUCCUCUCAGAUGCUGACCCUGAUAAACGUACUACCUACGAGACCUUCACCUCUCAGAGUUCGUGAGGUGGGUGACUGGAUUACCCGCCUGGAGGUGUCUCCCUGCAAAAUGUUCGGCCAUUGUUGCGUUGAUUAUGUCAUAAUGAAUUUGUGAUGGUUGAAGAUACCCAUAUCAUGUUUUUUAUAUAUAUAUAUAUAUAUAUAUAUAUAUAUAUAUAUAAAUGUGUGUGUAAUUCUCUGCCAUGUGCCUCUGUUGUUUUAGCUUUGAUAAUGGAGACUGGUUAUGGUGCCCCAUUACAGAGGCCUCAUCCAUGAAGGAUGUUGCUUUUGUAAGCCAGACUGUAGCGUGUUUGGAUUUUUGUAUUUGGUUUUAUUUGAGCAACGUCAGACACGGUCAUAAUACAGUUAGAAUGGUAACUUAUUCUAUUUAUGCAGACAUUGGGUAAUUGUUUUACUUUUAGUAGUUUUGCACUGCUUUUGUUAGCUUGUGCGUCAUACGUUUAAUUGUGGGCUAAAUAGGCUUGUUUAUAUAUUGACUACUAAAUUAUUUGGCUCUUUUUUUGUUUUUUUUUGGAGGAUAUUUUAUCUUUGUUUUUCGAUCCAUCAUUCAUACUAAUGCAAACAGAAAAGCAGUGUUUGAAAAUCUUUGUGUACCUUUAGUUUCCAGCUAAUUGCUUUUAAGAGAAAAGGGAAAACCUAAUGUGAAAUGAUUUUAACUUUGGAAAACUAUGUAAAGAUCAUGAUGUUCCAAGACUUCUUUAAGGUAGCAUCUCUCCAGAGGGCCAAGGUCCAGCCAUUUGAUUUCCAUGUAAAUCAGCCUCUUUAAAUCAGUGAACCAGUUUUGAUGUAAGAUAAAGUUGUUCCCAAUUGUC